AUGACUGCCAACACGAUCAUCAUGUGCUUCAAAGUGACAGCCAGCUACGUUAGCGACCCAGCUUUCCUAGUCAGUUUGAAGAAAAUUGGAGAACUGACUUUGGGUGCACUUUCCUCAGAGCCCACUCAGUUACAGGUAGAUCAAGACAAACUUUUCAUCUUCACUGGGACAUCGGGAAGUCAUGCCACCUUGAGAAUAUACUUCACUGGACUUGUUACGCUUGAUGUUCAACACUAUGGCAAGGGUGAUGAGUAUGAAUGGAGCAUGGGUAAAUAUAAUAUGGAGGCUAUCAAGGAGUUAAAACGAAAAAUAAAAGAUCAGUUUGGAUCUCAGGUGGAAUUUUUACACUGCCUGUAUACCCCCGUUCGUCGUGGUGGUAAGGCGUGGCCUUAUUAUGUUACAGCAGAUGAAAGACUGGUCGAGCCAGACUAUGAUAAAGUUGUUUAUGAGACCAACUCUUCCUGGCAGAAUAUCAAGAUCAUGCACUCCAGAGAGCUUGGGAAUGUUUUGGUCCUGGAUGACGAUGUCAGUAUUGGUGAGAGUGACUCAAUCUACACACAGACCUUACUAGGCCUGGGAACGACAAAGCGUGAAAACUAUGAAGGGAAAGAGAUUCUGAUUUUGGGAGGAGGGGACGGAGGAAUCCUGCACGAGUUGUUGAAGGAUAAUCCAAAGUAUGUUACCAUGGCCGAGGUUGAUGAAGAGGUGAUUAAAACGUGUCGUACUCACUUGCGAAGCGUAUGUGGUGACAGCAUGGAUAAUUUUGAGGGGCCCAACUAUAAGAUCAUAAUUGGUGACGGUAUCCAAGUGAUGAAGGAAAGCCUAGAGCAGGAAAAGAAGUUUGACUAUAUCAUCAAUGACAUAAGUGAAUUCGCAGUAGAUAUAGAAAACAAAUACGGUUUUGCGUACAGUUUUAAAACUACUCACUUGGUGAUGGAGCUGGCUCUGAAGUUGCUUAAACCUGGAGGAAAACUUUUGGCAAGGGGAGACUGCGCAAGUGCAAAGAAUUACCACUCUCAGUUGGAGGAAGAUGUUGCCAAACUUGGAGUUCGGUUCAACCGUAGAAGCGCAUAUGUGCCAUCUUUUCGCGAAACAUAUUGCUUUGAUGAAAUCUGGAGGGACUGAGCGAGAUUCGGACUAAAAUGUCAACAAAUGGAAGAACGGAAGAUGUAUCUUGUAAAUAAGUCUAUACUAUACAACUUUUAGCUACGCUUGUUAUCGUGGAUGACCCAGGCUGGUUAAAGCGCUUCAUACAGACUGUCCUUCGACUGAGAAAUGUUUUGGAUCACACAAAAGUAUUCUUGAUUCUAUUCACACAAAAAAAUUAUCGUUUCGUAAAUAAAAAAAAUAAUAAUGCACCAUAAAACGUACCAACAGUACGUACAUACGUAAUACAAUAUUGCAAGUUGCUGCCGUCAUACGUGCAGCAGUACUCUGCUGAGGGAGAGGCCCGAUAUGAGUUGUCUUAAAGGACGAUAAUCAUAUAAAAAUCCAUUUCUCGAAUUCUGAAGAUCCAGUCCUUAAUCUAUACACUACAGUUAUGUUUUAA